AUGGCGCCUAAGAGGGUUGCCAGGAAGGCACCCGACGCUGCUUCGGCAACGGGCCUGAGGAAUCUGCAUGGCGACGAGGCUCUCAACGCGGAGUACGUGGGCGACUUUGAAGCGAUGAUGCAGCGCCUGCAGGGCAUUGAAGAGCUGGACAACAUCGCGGCCUUGGACUCCCAGGUGGCCUCGGAGGGAGGCCACGGACAGCCGAUCGUGCCGAAAGACGUCCAGAUCAUCUUGGAGCGCGGCGAGCAAGCUGAGGGGACUGGCUCACUGUACUUGCACAACAUCCGCUGGCGGCCCCAGGUGUGCUUGCCCUACAACGUCAAGGGUAUCAGAGACAUGCAGGACCACUCGUUCAGAGUUCCGCCGACGGGUACCACCAGGAUCACGGUACACAUUGCCUUGGAGAAGCCCGAGGACGCCAAAGAGAUAUUGACGACGAAGCGAGGCACAUUGCACAGGAUCUCACCAGAAGAGCAGGUGCACGCGCUCUUGUGGGCAGUCGACACCUACUUCAGCCUGCCGUCUAAUAAGAAGUCGGACGAUAUAACCAAGAGAUGGGUGAAUGCCUUCCGGAACGUCAACUAUGUAUUUCACAGCAUCAGCAGCGUGGACAAGAUGAUCAAAGAAUCGACCGUUCUUCGGGAAGAAUGGACGCAGCGCGGCGUAGUCAGCCAGCGCUCACCCUUGGCGCUCCUACUGAUGGUGAUUGGCCAGCGCAAGGCUCUGGAGAAGCAGAGCGGCAAGAUCACCACCGAUGCGCUCUACAAGUUCUACAAGGGAAUCAAGUGGGCGACCAAAUCUGAAAAGAUUUCAAAGAACUUGCUGGAGAACGCGAGCGCCAUUGCAACCAAGUGGCACCUUUGCGCGGAUACGAAUUGCCAGGCAGUUGUGAAAAAGUCAGAAGAGAUGUAUGGUUCGGAGGGCCCCUUCCAAUCUGUCUUGGCAAUCUACCUCAUGUGCCUCAAGGCCGGCAAGCACCCCGACGCAAUCGGCUGGAUGUUCGAAAUGAUCUUAGACCAGUUCCGGGCCAGGAACAUCACGCGCGACAGCGUUGGCUCCAAACAGAUGCAGACGAGGGGCCGGGUAACCGACGUCGACGUAGUUGCGUUCAAGAAAGAUCUAUUUGCUCACUUGCUGGACGAGGAGCUGAACAGUUUCAAUUUCACCGCGAGCAGGAAGAGCCUCAUGCGGUCCUACCUCAGAUCGCCAAAACAUUUCCGCAGCAAGGAGGGUUUCAUGGACAACGAGUUCGCCAAGCACGCUGGCGCUCCAGACCUCAGCCACAAGCACGACUUCAACCGCGCGGAGAGACUUUUCGACAGCUUCGCGAGCUCACUCAUCUACGGCAGAGCGUACGACCCCGUCAUCAAGCAGUGCCUGAAGCAGAGCAAGUCUGUCAAGGACACCUUCGGCUAUGGCCAGAUCGGGACCGACUUGCAGCAGGUCCAUGACGCGAUCUCGGAGGACGCGAGCGCCGCCAAGUCCACCGACGAGGGGAAGGACGACAAGCCGGAGGAGGCCGCCGACAAGAAGGAUGCUGAGCAGGCUGACGAGUCUGAUGAUGGAAUGUACGUGGACGACGAAUACGACGAGGCGAAGGCCCGCUGGUGGCAGCACGCAAACCAGCUCGUCUCCACCUUCGUCCGCACAGUGGCUCCGGGCCCCAACGAGGCGGCCAUGAUUUCUGCUGUGAAAGAGACACCUGCUUGCAAAGCGGUCGACGCCGCUAACUCGGACAGGGUGGUCAUCAUCUACAACAGCAAGCAAGAGGGGCAGUGCAAAACGCAACCGCACAUCAGGAUGCCAGUGCACCGCCAGCACUACAUGACCCGCUGCGUCCAGAGUUUGCUGAAGAUCAUGACGGACGGCGACUGGGAGGCUGACCCCGACCUGAUCAGCAUCCACCCGAAGGCGAUCUAUUUAUUUCUGGACGCUUUUAAAACUGACAACGUCGAGGGGUUCAACAAGUGUUUCAGCACGGGGGAUUCAAGGCUGCAGAGGGCCACGACGAAGUACUUCCUGACGUACGAAGAGAGCAGCCUUAAGAAACGGAAGUCUCGGGAGAACGAAGCAGCAUUCGCAGUGGUGGAGCUGAUGACGGCCAUUAGUUCGGAGCCAUUGGACCUCGUUCCAAAGGCGCGCUUAACGUUCCCCAACAGCUCCAACCUCAACAACCACAUCGGCCCGCUGGUGACGACGGACCCGCGCGACCCAGACGAGUGGACCCUCAGCGUGAUGGAGAAGCGGCAACUCCUCGGAGACGCGCUGGUAGAGGGAGGUGGCCGGGCUGCUGGAUGCACUCAGGAUGUCGUGAUGAGGAAGCCCACCGACAUUGAGCACGUGUCAUUUCACGCCAACUCUGUCGACUUCUACAAAGAAAUCAUUCAUUCCUUUUGUGCGAGUGGCGUGGUGGACUGCGCUCCUCUGAGCGAGAAUUGCGCCAUGGCGUCGAUAAUGCUCAAGAAGCCCUGCACGUUGAUCUGCUACACAGAAGCUCACGCGCAGAUGAUCGAGAAGAGGCUGUGCCAGCGUGUAUUCGCUGCGCUGACGAGGGAGAGCUGCGAGGAGCUGUACGAGCCCAUGGCUGUGUCAGACCUCGCAGGCAACCCGGCGGCGACCGCUGCCGAAGGUGAAGGCGCCCCCGAGGAGGAGAAAUCUGCGGCCAAGAAGAAGGCCCGGAAGCGCGCCGCCCCCAAGGGCACAGCUGGCGAGAAGCCCCUCAAGAUGACCAAGGAUGAUGCUACAGGCGCGGAGGGAGGCGCCGCUGGCAAGCUGAGCGAGUUACUGAAAGCCCUCGACGCUGGCGGGGAGAAGCCAGGGGAGACCUCGGGCACUGCGGGGGAUGAAGUUGGCGAG